AUGUUGUAAUGUGCAUGGAUUACAUUGCUAUAAGAAUUUUGGCAGAAAACUAUGGAUCAUGUCUUAGACAUUCACGCAGCUGCUUUUCUAUAUGCGUACGAAAAUUUACUUAGCUCCAAGAAUUAGCUUUGUUCUGAGCGAAAAAGGUUAAAGAGAAGCUAGGCUUCUCUUAAAUGGCACCAAGCCACCAACAAUUCUCAAGGUUGGCUAUUAAUAUCCCUAAUGAUGUGCGUCUACUUUAAGUUCAGAAAGUUGUUCCUUUAAAAAUCCAGGACAGAUGGUGGAACAACAAGUUUCAAGUUCUGUUCAGACAUACAAGGUUAGCUCUUUGGAUAGCAAGAAGUCUUUAAAGUCUAGUUUUCUUUCUUUCAUUGGAGCACAUGAGAUUUUCAUGCCAGAGACAUGGAAAACGGCAUUGACUGAGUUAGUUGCAACUGCUUCUCUAAUGUUCACACUGACAACAUCAAUCAUAGCAUGUUUGGACUCGCACGAAGUUGCUCCAAAGCUUCUAGUCCCUCUUGCAGUGUUCAUCAUAGCCUUCUUGUUCCUAAUAGUCACAAUUCCACUCUCUGGAGGUCACAUGAGUCCUGUUUUCACAUUCAUAGCAGCAUUAAAGGGUGUUGUUACUCUAGUACGUGCACUAAUUUAUGUCAUAGCACAAUGCAUUGGUUCAAUUAUUGGUUUCAUUAUGCUAAAAUGUGUCAUGGAUCCAAAAUUGGAACACAAAUAUUCAUUAGGAGGAUGUACAAUUAGUAAUGAUAGUGAUAAAGGACUAGGAUCAAAGCCACAAGUUGCAUUGUUAGUAGAAUUUUCAUGCACAUUUUUGGUGCUAUUUAUUGGUAUUACUUUGGGAUUUGAUAAGAAAAGGUCAAAGGAAUUAGGAUUACCUAUGGUGUGUGUUGUGAUUGCUGGGGCAAUGGCAUUGGCAGUGUUUGUGUCUAUAACUGUUACUGGGCAAUUGGGCUACGCAGGUGUUGGACUUAACCCAGCAAGAUGUUUGGGUCCAGCUUUGUUAAAAGGUGGAUUAUUGUGGAAUGGACAUUGGGUUUUUUGGGUGGGGCCUUUCCUGGCCUGUAUAACGUAUUAUGGGGUAUCUAUUAAUUUGCCAAAGGAGAGUAUGACUUUGGAAAAUGGAGAAUAUGAUGUGUCGAAUUUGGCUUUGGGCCAUAGUAAGAGUGUUUCUAGGAGUGCUGUCUCAAAUGAUCUUCAAGUUUGAAGAUGAAUAUGGACCUAAGUCCAAUAAUAAAUUGCAUAGAAAAAUUGAGAGAUUACACAUAUAAAUAAUAAGAAUAUCAU